AUGACUGUACCUGGGCAAGGUCGGCCAGCUGCUGAGGAACACACAAAGAAGAGGCCCUUCUCUCUGUGGUGGAACUACUAUCUAGCAAGCAACAGAAAAGGCCCGGGAACAGUCAGUAACAUGAGAGGCUCCUCACACUCCCAGAAGUCCCUAUCGGUGAGCAACUCCAGCAGGGUGCGGGUGCAAAGUCCAUCUCCUUCCCGCUGUAAGGGAUCCUCCUACAGCCGCGGUCGUAAUGGGUACCAGGGUGGUGUGUCUGCUGUUGAGGUUGGCACAGAGAUCCACCAGCAGCAUGCAAACGAGAAGGAGGAAAUGCAUGAGGUGAAUGUUCGCUUUGCCGGUUACAUUGGGAAGGUGCAGGCCCUGGAACUGAGGAAUGGCCAGCUGCAGGCAGAGCUGGCCGCACUGCAGGGCCGCUUCAAGGGAGGCCCUGGUGGUCUCGGAGAAGAGUAUGAGAUCAAGUUCAAGGAGAUGAGGGACCUGAUUGAGGCCCUGACUGCACAAAAGGGCGCAGCUGACAUUGAGAGGGGUUACAUCGAGGAGGAGAUAGACGUGUGGAGGCUCAAACUGGAGGAGGAGAUGGCCCUCAAAGAGGCGGCUGAGAUGAUCCUGCUAGAGUUCCGUCAGGAUGUGGAUAAUGCCACGCUGCAGAAAGCCGACCUGGAGAGGUGUGUGGAACAGCUGCUGGCCGAGAUUGAGUUCUUGAAGAAGCUGCAUGAGGAAGAGGUGGCUCUUCUCAUGAAGCAGAUUGAGGAUUCCAAGGUCACUGUGGAGCUGGACUCAAACCGGCCUGACCUGGCUGCCUACCUGCGCAACAUGCGUGCUGAGAUUGAGGCCGUGGCUGCUCGCAAUGUCCAGGAGGCAGAGAAGUUGUACAAGGGCAAAUUCGACACACUGAAACAAACAGCUGGCAAACAUGAGGACCAGAUGAAGACCAUGAAGGACGAGAUCACCACCUUCCACAGUCAGGUGACUGAACUGCAGAAUCAGAUUGAUGGCCUGAGAGCCAGUAAUUCUGCUCUGGAAGCGCAGCUGGAAGGCAUGGAGGCAAAUCACCAAGACAAGGUGGCAGGACUGGAGGACAUCAUUGAUCAACUGGAGAACCAGCUCUGUGAGACCAAGAUGGAGAUGAGCAAAUACAUGCAGGACUACCAAGAGCUGCUGCACAUCAAGCUGAAGCUCGAUGCUGAGAUCGCCACCUACAGGAAACUGCUGGAAAGCGAGGAGAAGAGACUGGGAAUCUCUACAGAAGGCGAGAGCCACCCAGCCAUCCAGGAAUCUGCCUAA